AUGUUCAAGAAAUUCAACCCAAAAGAGGAUGUAUCCUCCUCAACCUCGCUCAAAUCCUCCGUCCAGCGUAAUAUCCGAUCAUCCCUCCUAACACAAAUCCCUUUCCUCACUCAACCAGCUUAUCGUGAUCCAUCCACUGUCCCUACUGCUGCUCCGACAGAAAACGAGGCUCCUCCUGCUGCAACGCCGGAGGUAGAGGAGGAAAGUGCGGGAGGUAAGAAAGGUGGAAAGAAAGGUGGAAAAGGUAAAGGAAAAGGAGGCAAGGGUAAAGAUAAAGAGGAUAAGGAGAGUAAGGAAGAUAAAGAGGAUGGAGAAGGAGAAGCGAACUUGACGGUGAUAGAUGAGAUUUGGCCGAAGAAAGAGGCUUUAGGUCUGACUAAAUGUCACGACAGGAUUAGUAUAUUUACUGUACAAACUGUCCCUCUAUUUUUCCAGCAUUUCGACGGACCGUUCGUACCCACCCUCAAGCUGCUACACAAAUAUCCUGAAAUGCUACCGCACGUUCAGAUAGAUAGAGGAGCUAUCAAAUUCUUGCUUGCUGGCGCAAACAUGAUGGCUCCUGGUCUAUUAUCGGCAGGAGGUAAACUCCCCGAUGGUCUACCGAAAGAUGAGAUAGUAGCGAUCCACGCAGAGGGUAAAGAACAUGCCUGCGGUAUAGGUAAACUGGUAGCUUCGAGUGAGGAGAUCAAGAAAGCUGGAAAGGGAGUUGCGGUAGAGGUCAUUUGUUGGAUUGGGGAUGAUUUGUGGGAAGUGGAUACUAUUGGAUUAUAA